AUGUGCCCCCCACUCUCCUUCCUUAUACCACCAGCCAGCCUGUCCUUGUCCCUUCUCUUAAGCAGUCAGGACGGUGGAGGCGAGCCCCCGGCUGCUGCGCCAGAGGAGGAGCUGCUGCAGAGGCCAGCCCCCCACAGCCGGAAUGCCCCAAGUGAGGAACUGCCCCCCUCCCACCCGGCCGCUGGGGAGAAGCUGCCAUCAGAGGCCCCUGGAGAACCAGCUGGGGCAGAUACGGGGAGAGUGAGCUGGUCAUCUGGCUCCGGGACUCUCCACAAAGACACAGUUAUGGACUCACCGAGACGUGGGCCUCCCGGGGAAGGUGGUUCCUUCCCAGUGAGAGAGGCAAAGCCAGGGAAGAGGUCCUACUCUCCAGCCUCCAGUAAGCAGAAAACGCUCAGUGUUGGGGGUUUGGCCUCCGCCUCAUCUCCCAGCGUCAUUAACUCCACCCGUGCCACGCACAACCUAGUGCCUUGCGGGUCAGGCCCGGGGCCCUGCCAUCUGGCCAACCUCCUCAGCACAUUGGCUCAGAACAGACAAAACACAGAUCAGAAGAGGACCCCAGAAGUGACCUGCCAAGUUCGGAAAAAGACUCGGACCCUAUACCGCUCAGACCAGCUGGAGGAGCUAGAAAGGAUCUUCCAAGAAGACCACUAUCCAGAUGGCGAUAAGCGCCGGGAGAUUGCCCAGACGGUGGGGGUUACCCCCCAACGCAUCAUGGUAAUGGGGGUUGGCCAACGGGUCUCCAGGUGGAGGAGAAACGACCAACUGGAACUCUUGGGGAGCAUAGCAAGUGCUCAGCAGCUCCCUUUAGAGGCUGAGGUUAGGUCUAUAAAUCUGGUGUGGUUCCAGAAUCGCCGGGCGAAGUGGCGAAAAGUGGAGAAGCUGAACGGAAAGGAGAACAAGGGCAGUCCUGUGGGCCCUCCCCUUACCCCUGCCGGCAGUCAGUGCAGCACUGCAGCCGAGCUGCCACCUACCAUGCCCCUGGCCCCAGAGCCUGGUACCUUCUCUCAGGAGCCCACUCUGGAUACUCUCACAGAGCCCCCCAUGCUGCUGACCUCUGACCAGACUUUGGCCCCAGCCCAACAGAGUGAGAACACGCAAAGGGCAGCCGUGACCCCACCACUCUUUAGCCCCCCCCCUGUCCGAAGAGUCAACCUUCCUUUUCCCCUGGGCCCUGUCCCUACCCCCCAAAUGAUGCCUUUGCUUCUGGAUACUCCUGGCAGUGACAACAGCCACAAAGAUGGCUCCUGCGGAUCCUGGGGGACAAGUGUCACGCCACCAUCCCUCUGUUCAUACUUGGAGGAGCUGGAGCCCCAGGAGUACCAGCAGAGCCCCCCACCAGGACCGCCCCUGUUCCCCCAGGCCCCGCAGCCCCAGCUUUACCAGCAGCCUCAACCCCAGUACUCCUACCUGCACUCCUUCCCCUUCCCCACGCCCUCCUCCCUGAUCCCUCCGUUGCCGGAUGACUCCCUCUUCACGUCGCCUUAUGGCCCCAAUGCGGGUCCCUCUCAGGGUUACUUCCUGGGCCCCCCGCCAGGGCCGAUGGUGCUGCAGCCCCCUGCGGGGAACGUGGGUACAGUCCCUUGGAAUGACCCUUGCUUGCCAGACCUGCCUUUCCCUGGUCCCUUCUGUCCGCAAGCCUUGGGGCACCCGCCGGGAGGCGAGGGCUUCCUCCCGGAUCUGCCCCCGGCGCCCUGCGCUCCGGCCGGGAGCCGGCGGCCUUCUCCAGGUGGCGCCCCGCUGCCGGAGGCGGCCGGACCAGGACCGGCGUCCUUCCUUGACAAGACCCGAGAGGAGCCGCCUGCCACCUCCGGGGAGGAGCCCCUAGCACUGCAGGAGGUCGGAGAUGAAGACAAGGACAGCUGCGGCCCCUAG